CCGGUUACUUUUCAAGUGCAUUGUUGCCGGACUUUUUCACUCCCGGAACGUUUGUUAGAGCAACCUGUACGGGGACGGUAUUUGUGGUCACGCUGGAAAAAUUGGAAAUUAGCAACGUUCAUUUACACACUUACAGUACGGAUUAAUUGAUUAAUCGUUGUGUGCACCGCGAGGUUGAUUGUAAAGUACAGCACAGUCGCAUGCAAGGACUCCUGAUGAAGGUGUGUAGGUAAUACUUUGAGAGCCUUGCAAGACGCCAUGUCUGAAGAGGCGAUUUCAGAAAGUGACCUGGAGCCCAGCCUCAACAGUGAAGAGGAGUACAUGGAAGAUGAGGAAGAGGAGGACUUGGAGGACAUGGAGGAAGAUGAGGAUGAUAAUGAUGGUGACGAUGAAGACGAUAGUCUUGAACGACCUGCGAGUGCCCAGGAUGGCAGGGACUCCGCUUCAGCUACCUCCGGAGAAACAUCCUCACCACCUCCAUCUGGGCCUGCGUCCCGUCCAUCGUCCAGGUCUCCCUCCAGGCCUUCCUCUCCCUCUAAGCCUCCAACCAGCCCAGAAAACUCGGGCAAGAUCAAGCCACCUUCCAGCAAAACAAAGAAACAAAAAGCCUCCAAAUUAACCAAAUCCUCAAAGUCUUCAAAAGGCUCCAAACCUUCCAAGCCAUCCAAGCCUGCACACAUGAGGAAGAAUAUCAGGAAACUGCUGAAAGAGGAUCAGCUGGAGGCUGGGACAAAGGCUGCUCAACAGGAGGAGAUGGAGAGGCGGAAACGGCUGGAGCAGCAGAGGAAGGACUUCCCUACCCCAGCACCAACUGGCCCAGAAUCUCAGCUAGUGGAUGCUGCCUCACUUUUAGGAGAGGUUUCUCACUUGGUUCCUGGUCUCCUGAGCAAGCAGGACGUGAUCUGCCUGGACAGCAGUGGUGAUGAGGACGAAAAAGUCGACCCCAAUCUGCCUGGACUUGCAAUUGAAGAUGCGGAUAUAAUUGAGCUUAGUUCUGGGGACGAGGACGCCCUGCAGAUAAGCAGCGAGUCGGCUGAUGAGGAUGCUGGCACCAGCGGCUCAGAGGAGAGCAGCGGGGCGCACACCAACGACAGUAUGAAUCUGCCUGAUGCCCAGGGCCGGGUGCUGGUUAAUAUCAAUCACCCUGCAGAUGAGAAAGACCUUUUCCUUGCUCCGCAGUUGGCCAGGGCCGUCAAACCUCACCAGAUCGGGGGGAUCCGGUUUCUCUAUGAUAACCUUAUCGAGUCUCUGGAGCGGUAUAAGACCAGCAGUGGCUUUGGCUGCAUCCUCGCACACAGCAUGGGGUUAGGCAAGACUCUGCAGGUCAUCUCCUUCAUUGAGAUCCUACUGAAGAAUACUGAGGCUCACACUGUGCUGGCCAUUGUUCCUGUAAACACACUUCAGAACUGGCUGACAGAGUUUAACCUCUGGCUCCCGCCACAGGAGGCCCUGUCCCCUGAAACUGACCCCGCAGUCAUCACAGGCCGCAAUUUCAAAGUUCACGUCCUCAACGACGAGCACAAAACGACACUGGCCAGAGCCAAGGUUGUGGAGGACUGGUCCAGAGACGGAGGGGUGUUAUUGAUGGGUUAUGAGAUGUACCGCCUCCUGUCCAUGAAGAAGAGCUUUGUUAUGGGCAAGAAAAGGAAAUCGAAGAAGCCCGCAGGACCAAUCAUCAUCGACCUGGAUGAAGAAGACAGACAGCAGGAGCUCAUGAAAGGUAUUGAAAGAGCCAUAACACGGCCUGGCCCAGACGUGGUGAUAUGUGACGAGGGUCAUCGCAUCAAGAACUACCAUGCCAGCACAUCACAGGCUCUAAAGAACAUCCGCUCCAGGCGCAGAGUAGUCCUGACGGGCUACCCUUUGCAGAACAACCUCAUUGAAUACUGGUGCAUGGUGGACUUUGUUAGGCCAGAUUUCUUAGGCACACGUCAGGAGUUCAGCAACAUGUUUGAGCGGCCCAUACUGAACGGGCAGUGCAUGGACAGCACGCCUCAAGAUGUGCGCUUGAUGCGUUACCGCAGCCAUGUGCUACACAGCCUGUUGGAAGGAUUUGUCCAGAGACGUGGUCAUGAUGUGCUGCGCGACCAGCUUCCCUCCAAGGAGGAGCAUGUGAUCUUGGUCCGGCUUUCUCCCAUUCAGAGGGCGCUGUACACGGAGUUCAUGAAGCGCUUUCGAGAAGCGGGGAACAACGGCUGGCUCGGUCUAAACCCACUCAAAGCCUUCUGUGUGUGCUGCAAGAUCUGGAAUCACCCUGAUGUCCUCUAUGAAGCGCUGCAGAAGGAGAAUCAGGCCAACGAGCAGGACCUGGACCUUGAUGACAUUACUUCAGCUGGUAGCACUCGCUGCUCUGCGCCGGGCGCUGGCCUCAAGGCCAAAGUAGCCGACUCGAGCAACAGCAAAGUCAACAACAGUCUGCCACCGAUCAACCCCUCCCAGGACAGAGCCAAUCAAGUCAUUACAUAUGAAUGGGCAAAGGACAUCAUGUCAAACUACAAUACAGGAGUUCUGGAGAACUCUGCCAAGAUGGUUUUGCUCUUCCAUUUGAUUGAUGAGAGUGUGGGAAGAGGAGACAAGAUGUUGGUCUUUAGUCAAAGUUUGUCCACCUUGUCCGUCAUCGAGGACUUCUUAUCAAAGAGGCCCAUGCCGACGGGCACCUGCUCCCCUGACACUCCGAGCAAAACCUGGGUUCGCAACCUCAAUUACUACAGACUGGAUGGGAGUACAUCUGCCUCAGAGAGAGAGCGACUUAUCAAUCAGUUUAAUGACCCAGAGAACACUGCGACAUGGGUCUUCCUACUUUCUACAAGAGCGGGCUGUCUAGGGGUAAACUUGAUCGGUGCCAACCGUGUCGUUGUGUUUGACGCCUCCUGGAACCCAUGUCACGAUGCCCAAGCGGUGUGUAGGGUGUACCGCUAUGGUCAGAGGAAACCCUGCUACAUUUACCGUCUGGUCUGUGAUUACACCCUGGAGAAAAAGAUUUAUGACAGACAAGUCUCCAAACAGGGCAUGUCAGACCGAGUGGUUGACGACUUGAACCCAGUGCUGAACUUCACUCGUAAGGAAGUGGAGUCACUGCUGCAUUUUGUGGAGGAGGAACCUGGCAAGAUCUCUCUGACGUCCCCAGAGGACAUGGAAAUAGUGAUCUACCAAGCUUGUCGCCUUUACCCACACCUCAUCACCAAGCAACCUUUCCAUCAUGAGUCUCUGCUAGUGGACCGCAAGGAGUCCAAACUGACCAAAGCAGAGAAGAGAGCCGCCAAGAAGAGCUACGAGGAUGAGAAACGAGCCUCUGUGCCCUACUCUCGCCCCUCAUAUGCCCCCUAUUACCCAACCAGUGAUCAGACGCUCACAAACAUACCAGCGUUUAACCAGCGCGGCUGGCGUCCCAUGGCACGGCCAGAUGACAAGCCGGUGGCAAGUGUCAGGCCCAUCCAGUCGACCCCAAUUCCCAUGAUGCCUCGCCAGGUCGGCAUGGGCAUGGCUGGCUCCAGCUCUGCCGGCAGCCUGCCUGUCAACUUCCUGCAGAAAGCUGGAGUUUAUGUGCAGAGGAUUGUCACCACAACUGAUAUAGUAAUCCCAGGAGCCAACAGCACAACAGAUGUUCAAGCUCGAAUCAGUGCAGGAGAGAGCAUCCACGUUAUCAGAGGAUCUAAAGGUACCUACAUCAGGACGAACGAUGGAAGAAUUUUUGCUAUUCGAUCUGGAAAGAUCAGUCGACCAGCAGUUGUAGGCUCUGCUGCUUCAAGAGACUCCCAGGGCCCCCUGAUUCAUCCCGUCAGCAAUGGCUGUUCAUCCCCCGGGGAUCAGCAGCAGUCAUCCCCCAAUGGGGAGCAGCGGUCCUCCUCUCCCUUAAGCUCUGAGAUUCUCAGAGAGAUCAGCCGCUACACCUCAUCCACGGGCGAUGCCCCCGCCAGUGUUGGAAACGAAUUGCCAUCACCAACAGAUGCGUUGGCUAUACGAGCGGGGAAUGAAGGCAGCUCACAAAGCAGCGAGGCUGCCGAUUUCAGCAGGCAACUCACAGAUGACAUCCUUACUUCGACUUUGGAGGUGCGCGGCAGCAAACGCAGGAUUUCUGACAGCCAGGGCAACACACAAAUAGGAGGCAAACGCACCUCUGCUGCCAGUCAUUUCCCCGGACUGUCCAUGGGCUCUGGUGGGCUCAGUUUUCCUCCCAUGGGUCUGAACUCGUCCUCCCUACUGGGAAACCUAGGACACAUGAAUCAUCCACUUCUGAUGGGUGGCAGUGGUGGAUCAUCAUUCCUUCAGACACCAGGACAAACGCUAGCUGACCUACAGACCAUGUUCCCUUCUGCAGGUUCGGACUUACUGAGACAGUCGGCCACUGGGAACGGACACCUUCCCAGCCCCUCCUCGUCCUCCCUUCCCACCGUUUUCUCCUCUGCUUCCACCACAAUCCCCAUGUCCUCCCCAUCAUCGGCAGCACCUUCUUCUUCACUGGCGUCGGGUUCUCUGCCCCCGUACUUGAUGAAUCCCAAUAUGGCCGGCCUGCUGUCGUCAGGCUUCCCUCUCAACUACAGUCAGUCCCUGCUCUCUGAGCCCAGGAUGUUCCCCACCCCUCUCCUCUCUGGGUCAGGGGGAUUCCCUGCACCCAACUCCAGCUCCACCACAUCCAGUUUCCUCUCCCAUUUCAACAAUCCAACCUCCAGCCUGUUGGGGGCAGCUCUGACCCAGCCGGACAGACAUCACAGUGCAGAGAACGGCGGCAGUAGCUCUGAUGAUGAUGUUAUAGAGGUGACAGGACAGUAGAGACUAAACAAAUCCUGGAGGCAGUUUCACACAGAUCAUUUCAUCAGUCAUGGAUAACAUAAAGUUCAUUAGGGAUGGGAAUGGUUAAACAUUGAGUGAAUAUAUUUGUUCUGUUACAGUAUCUGCCCUUGUUAUAUUCUGAAUGUGCGAACACAUCAGAAUGUGAGGUCAAAGAAAUAAAAAUGUAAUUAAAUUCUACUCAAAAGAAGUGACUGGGAAUCUAAUAUCCGUUGAUUAUUUUCUACAUUAAUCAAUAAGUUGUUGGCCAGUAAAAUGUCAGGAAAUGGUAAAAAAAAUGUCCAUUCAGCUGUCUUUGAAUGUCAGUUUUCUGUCAUAGAGGAGGAAAAGAACCAGAAAAUAUUUAUGGAGGUGGAAUCCGAUAAAUGAAUUACUCAAACCUUUCUCUCAAACUCAAACAGUUAAUUGUUGAAUGCCUCCCUAGAAUCUGAAAAAAAAACCAACCUUCAAGAACUAAAAGCUGAACCGUUCACCCUGAUGACAAAAUUAAGUUGUAGAGAAUUUAAAUGUGGUUCUGCCUCAUUAGACAUUCACAUAAUCAUUUGUGACUUAAACUGCAUUCCCAUUCCUAAUGUUAGCAUUAUAUUUGACACAAACACACACUCAAACACACUUACACACACACACACACACACACACGGACUCUCACCCACAAAUGAGAGAAUGAACAUGUACCUUAAUGACUUAAUGAAGUCAGAGUAACAAAUCCUUAUGCUGAAUAUCCCUGGACUUGUUCAGCUGGAGCAUCGGAGCAGUGGGACCGGAGCUUUGUUGUACGGGGACCAGCUGAAUUCCUCUCGCGAGGGCUCUCUAGCCUCUCCGUGCCGCGCCGUUAAGUUUAAUUUCCUUUGAAUUCAGGAGGAAUAAUGUGAUGAAAACCCGUUGGAUUGUCUCUUGACACAUUACUGCUGUGAAACAGUUGAGUGCGAAACCAAAAUUUGACUUGCUGUUACACGUGUCUGCGGAGCGCUAAUGCACUCAUUUUUCUUCAGCACAGUGUCCUUUUCUAGUGAGCUAAACUGGAGAGCACACACCACAAAUCAACAGCAACAGUGGCGAGAGAGCAAAAGAAUCCUUCGAGGCUUACCUUUAACAGAAAUUUUAGGCUUUCAGAACAUAUUUUAGUCUUUAGCAAUUUGAUAGAUAUUGUAGCAUCCGCUGUUGAAAGGAUAUUAUGUGUUAUACUAUAACUGACCAUGUUGAUACUUUGUAAAUAGUCAUUAUCAUUGUUUAUAAUGCAAGUCAAUACUGUGCAGUGUGUAGAUUUUGGUUGUAGGGAGAUGGUUUAUUAUCACAGCGACGAUCACAACGAGAAAUAUGCCCUCGCAUUGAUGCCGAGGGAGACAAAUUUCUGUUCAACUUAAUUAUUUGUUUUUCUUUCUUUUUUUUUUUUUUUUUGGUUCCUUUACAACUAAAAUGAAUGUACUUUCAUGUUAGCCUUUGAUAACACAGGGGCUGGGACAAGGAUUCGGACUGUGUUCUUUCAUUUUUAGCCUUAAAUAACACAAAGGGGUCUUGAGUCUUUUAUCUUAGUACAUCCUUUUUACGAAAAAUCUGUCGGAAGAACUACAGGGACAUUGGGACAGUCGGUGUCAAACUCUCAACACAAGUGUGGGGCAAGUUCAGGAUUGGGACUAAAGGCGCUAAGCGUGGGAGCCAAAAGGAGCGCAAACCAAGGUGUAACUGUCACUAGCUCAUUCGCAAGCACCCGUAUUUUGUUGCGUUUCGUUCUCCAGUGUCCUCUCCCAUCAUCCCUCGGUCGAGCUACGUGUAGUUUAAUAAGGGUUACUUGCAGAGCCUUGCUGAGAACAAAUAUUACCUAAACUGUAGAAAACAUCACAUUCAUGUUGCCCGAGCAUGUGAAACCUUGACUCAUCGUAGCCGCCAACGUUUCUUCACAACCAUCUGUGACUGUGAGAGAUCCGGGUCAGGAGAUGCGGUGGCCUUAUCAAAACUGACAGCACCAUGAUGUGGUAGCUGUUCACAGAGGUGCGUCUUUACAAGCAGUGCAGUGUAAGUAGCUUCUGUCAGUCGUGUCAGUCAGUAUCUGCAGUGCUGUAGGGAGUUUAGGUCUUCGCUGUUCUCUGUAGCCUUGUGUUUCUGUGCUGUGAUGACACCUCAAGGUAUGUAGAUUUAGGAAAGUCCCUUUAGUCCGUCGGUUAAAUAAGCUAGACUCAGUGGUUAUUAGCCUUUAGAAAACACUGGAUAACCUGAGAAAACAGGUCAUUCCCUAUGAAGUUACAGUUUUUUAAAACAUUUUCUAGAGCUGUUUUCUCCAUGGGGACCUUUUGCUCCCACAGUCCUGAGUACUGUUCACUUCUUUUUUUUUUUUUGAGUUGCUUCUAAAUCCUUUCUCCGUUUUUCUUCUGAAUGCUUCAUUUCUAUCACGUCUCCAUUUCUCUUCAUCGCAGUUUCGGAAUUUGUGAUGAUUUGUUUUUUGAAGGUGAAGCCAGCACUUUGAAAAAAGGAUCAUAUAUCUGCUUGCGAACUGUACGAGGUACAUCACACCGACGCCGUGGUCUCUUCUCAGUCUGUUGGAAACACGUUGCAUUCGGAUCUUUUGGAAAUCACGAGUUUGUAAAAAAAAAAAAAAAAAAAAGUAACCUGUCUGCCAUUUCUUGUCAGUUAUGUGCAUUUUUAUGUUUCAUGGGGAUUCUUCAUUUUUAAAAGAAUGAUUUUUAUAACUUCCUAUUGGUGUUCACUCUCCUGGCAGUUGUUUCCCUUAUUUCAGUGUAAGUGUCUGGAUUUUUAUUUAUUUAUGAUGGAAAAUAUAUUGUUUUUGUAAUAACAUUUUUUUUUUUAACCUUUUGUUCACUUUGACCCCUUGACGGCUGAUCCAGUAAGAAUUUCGUACAUGCAGCCUAGCUCGCAGCAGAAUAUGACUGUGUUAUCAAUGUUAUUUUAACAAUUAAACACUCUUCUAUUGCAGUGUGAA